AUGGGCGGCGUAUACACUCGUGUGCUAAAUGUGGCGUCGCUGCGGCCAGGUGAUCACGUUUGCAUCUGGGACUACAGUCGCUGGCCCAUUUCCUACCAACACCACGGCAUCGUGUGGACCUCAGGCGCUACAGCUGCCGAAAUUCGCGUCUGCCACGUAUGGAGCCCGCUAGAGGGCUUCCAGGAGGCUCAGGCCGACUCUUGCUUCCGUAUUUCAACGCUCGAGGAAUUCUUGUUCAAUCGUAAGCAGAAAUACCUUCGACUCGUCGAAUACCACACGUCCGGACUGCGCGAGGUGCUAUCCAGGUGGGGUGAGGUACAUCUCAGCAAAGCCGAUCUCCCUGAGGUAGUCUUAGCGCGCUGCAAGUUUCUGCUGGGCCUGGGACGAGGAGACUUUAAUAUUUUCACACAGAAUUGCGAGCACGCAGCGCACUGGUGCAUGACAGGUGAACAAUGGUGCAAACAGACGCUUACCAAGGUGAAAGGCCGUGUACCAUUCGAGAAGCGACUUGUGAAGGAGGACGUGGAUGCGCUCGUUAAGCAGGUGGAUGAGAUCAAGGAGAUCUCGCGCUCUGUAGUCAGCAACGUGCUCAAACUCUCAGGCUCCAGUGUGUUUCUGAGGGUCAAGGGCAACCACUACGUACAGGUACAUGCGGAUGGAACGGUGGGCAUUGUACCACAGGGAGACGACCCGACGACGUGCGGACGGACGGCCUUCCGUCUGGAAUGUUACGCCCGAGGCUACAACAGCAUUCGCGUGCGCUUUUUCCAUGAAGACACAGGCUGCUACAUGUUCAGCCGGUCGACGUUUAGCUGCUUCCGCGAUUUGCGGAUGAAAGAACCUAUGGGCGUGCGCGGCAAAUCGGGAUUAACGUGGGAGUAUUCCACUAUGGGCUAUCUUCGCAGUAUGAACCAACAUAGACGGUAUGUAGGAGCACGGGACGACGGCUUGCUGCUGGACGUGAGCAUGCGCGGAGACGCCGUGCGCGUCGAAUUCGUGGCCUGUGAAGGCGCUGCUGAGGCUUACACGCCCCCGGACAUUCAUCAGGUCACACGCACUUACAACCACGAAAAGUCCAUUCAGUACACAGAGUCGCAGAGCAUGCGGGACUAUAAGGCGGCCGAGCGGGUUAAGUCGUCGCCCACAUCCUCCACUACAACCCCCACGACGGAACGAGCAGCAGCAGUGGCAGCGUUGCCGACUCUUGUCGAAUCAGUGUGA